GGUCUUGUUCUGGGAACCUACUCAAGCGAAAAGGAUGAAGGUGCUGCCCAGUUCACUAGUGCUGGAGACGCGUUCGACAGGCUUGUGUCUGGGAAGCUGAGAGAACUUCUCUCUCUGUGUGGGCCACCUUUGAAGAAAGGCAAAACACGCAUAUUCCAUGGUUUGCAUCAGGACUUUCCGAGUGUGGUUGUAGUUGGCUUGGGUAAGAAGAAUGCUGGAGUAAAUGACCAAGAAAACUGGAAUGAAGGCAAAGAAAAUAUUCGUGCAGCUGUUGCAGUUGGUUGUAGACAGAUCCAAGAUCUGGAGAUCCCUUGUGUUGAAGUAGACCCCUGCGGAGAUGCUCAAGCGGCUGCAGAAGGUGCUGUCCUUGGAUUGCAUGAAUACAAUGAGCUGAAGCAAAAAAAGAAACCUGUAGUUACUCCUCAGCUUCAUAGAAGUGAUGAAGGUGAAGCCUGGCAAAGAGGUGUUAUCUAUGCUGAGGGUCAGAACCUCGCUCGGUACCUUAUGGAGGCUCCAGCUAAUUAUAUAACUCCACUCAAAUUUGCCGAACAUAUUGAACAGAAGCUCAGAAGUUUCAGCAAUGUGAAGGUCCAUAUAAGACCAGAGUCUUGGAUAGCAACACAGCAGAUGGGAGCAUUCCUGAGUGUAGCUAAGGGUUCAGCCGAGCCUCCCAUCUUUCUGGAGAUUCACUACUAUGGUGGUGCUAAUACAAAUGACUCCCCGUUGGUAUUUGUAGGAAAAGGAGUUACAUUUGACAGUGGUGGCAUUUCACUGAAGCCGUCGUCAGGUAUGGAUGCGAUGAGAGCAGAUAUGGGAGGGGCAGCAACUAUCUGUUCAGCCAUUGUGACAGCAGCAGCUUUAAAUCUACCUCUUAACAUAAUUGGUUUGGCACCCCUCUGUGAAAAUAUGCCCAGCGGUAAGGCAAACAAGCCUGGGGAUGUAGUUAGAGCCAAGAACGGAAAAACAAUACAGGUAGAUAACACCGAUGCGGAAGGAAGACUGCUGUUAGCUGACGCGCUCUGUUACGCCCACGGUUUUAAUGCAAGGGCUAUUGUGAACGCUGCAACAUUAACAGGUGCCAUGGAUGUUGCAUUGGGGUCUGCUGCAACUGGAGUGUUCACAAACUCAUCUUGGCUUUGGACGCACCUAUAUGAGGCCAGCAUUUUAACAGGAGACAGAGUUUGGAGAAUGCCUCUUUUUGAACAUUACACAAAACAAGUAACAGACUGUCCUCUUGCAGAUCUGAGUAACAUUGGGAAGUACAGCAGAGCUGGAGGCGCAUGCACAGCUGCUGCAUUCCUGAAGGAAUUUGUGACUGCCUCUCACUGGGCUCAUUUAGAUAUAGCUGGUGUGAUGGCGAAUAAAGACGAGGUGCCCUAUCUUCGAAAAGGCAUGGCAGGGCGGCCUACCAGAACGCUGGUUGAGUUUGCAGCUCGAUUAAGUCAAGACAGUCACAGUACCACGUAAAACACGUACUCUAAAAUCAUCCGUGCUGCCUUAAGGAAAAAA